UUUGAUAUAGCAAUAUAUAUUAUGCUAAUAUCAUAUCAUGAUAUUACAUGAUAUUUAAUAUCACGUGAAAACGUAUCUUAAUAUACGUAUCUCAAUAAAUAGCAAUGCGUUAUAUUCUCCUAUAUAUUUCUUGUCCUCUUUUUCAAUAAAUAAUGUUAAAAUAAUAUUAAAUUUUGAAAAUCUAAAAUCUUGGAAAUCGUGCUUAUAUAUUGUUGCAUUUUAUAAAAUUCAUAUUAUUACAGAGAUAUUUUUGUCAAUUAAAAAAUUUGAUUAAAUAUGAUCACGGAAUCUUUGCAUGAAUAUUUGGAAAUCGUGGCGGGAUAUAUAUUUGAUGAUGACAAACUGGUAACAUAUAAAUGGUUAAGUAAAGUGUUGGAAAUUCAUGUUAAUAUUGCAAAACAAAUUUUAUGGGAAUUUUGGCAAAAAUAUAAAAAAGAGAAAGAAUUUGUUUGUACUUUUUUAUUAAUGGGAAUUCUAUAUGAUAAUGGGAUGCAUGUUGAAAUUGUAAAAGAGAAAGAUCUAAUAACAUCAAAAGAAAAAUAUAAUAAAAUUAUUUCUGAACAUAUUUAUAGUCUUCAGAAAAUACUUCCUGAGAUACAGCUACUUGGAAAUACUGAAAAUGGAGAUAUUAAAUUUAGUGCAAUUAAAUGUAUUGAGAACAAUGAACGUAAUGAUGAAGAAAUGCAUAUUUUUCGUUGGGGUCCUAUAUCAAAUGAAAUUCAAUUUGCUCCUCAAGAAGAAGCACAAUCGAUAUCUGAAUCAAAUGAAGUAAAGAAGAUAGUUAGUCCAGAAAAAAAGCAAACUUUUAUAAAAAAAAAUGAAAGAAAAGGUUUUGAUAACUUGUUUGGAAAAGUCAUUAAUAAACAGAAAAAUUUAUAUACAUCAUCUAUUAAAGAAAUGAAUAUGGAAUCUUCUGAUAUAAAAGAAACAUCUAAAAAUGUUCCUAAAUCUUCAAAAGAAAUUAUACAAAAAGAUAAAUUGGAUAAUUUUCUUCAAUCAAAUGAAAAUCAAACAAAAACUGUAGAAUCUCCAAAUAAGAAAAAUAGUAUAAAUUCCAUACAAAAGAAAAUUACAGAAGAAAAAAUUACUUUUAGAAAUAAUAAACAAAAAAAUAUGCGUGGUAAAAAACGUAGUCAAAGCAAAGAUUUAAAUAAUACUACAAAAAAGCGAAAAUGUAUUACAAUUCAUGAUGAUUCUAGUAAUACAGAAUCUUCUAAUGAUGAUAAUGAACAAGAAUUAGAAUUACCAAUUUCACCUGAAAAUCUUUCUUCUCCUAUAAGUAAGGAUUCUAUGUUUCCACCACAAAUGAAACUUGAAAAUGGAAAACGUAAAGUUUUAAAAAUAGUAGAUAAAACAUUUGAAGAAGAUGGUUUCCUUGUAACAAAAAAAGUACAUGUUUAUGAAAGUUGUUCUGAAGAUGAAUUAGAAAUUCUAACAAAAAAAUCUAUAAUACCUGAAUCACAUUUAGAAUUUAAAGGAAAAAAAAAUACAAAACAAACAACUUUAAUGAACUUUUUUAAAAAAUCAUAA